CCUAAGCAUUAUCUCUAUCAUCGGCGUGCGACGAUUGACAACGAUCCGCCGACCGACUCGACGCCAGAUCUGUCAAGUGGUCCGUUUCGUAUUACACGUUCUUCUCCGUGGAUCUUGGGCCCCACCGUUGCAACGGCACCUAAUACGAACCACUCUGAAAUCUAGAAACCCGGUGAAUAAUCUGUUCGAUCUGAGUAAACGAAAAUAACUGUUUUAUCUUCAUCAAAACGUUGUAGUUUUUAUUACCUUCUACGAUUUCAGUCGAGGUUUCGGCAAACUCCGAAUUCUCGAACUCGUCGAUGUAUCAACAAAAGUUCUCAAACGCUAAUCGUGAUAUUUUCGAUACUAUUUCCGGUUGACGGCAAGAGUUCAGUGCUUUUGUUGUUCUGUCUCCGUGCCGGUUCCACUGAAUUCCGGAACACUCGAUUUGUCUCCUCCACUGUCCCAACGACUCCGGUUAGUGCUACGCAUUGCGUUUGAAAAAUAUACCACCUCUGACAUACUUACUGGUACUUAAGACCAUACUGUGUAUGCUUGCAAAUACUCAAAUUAUUCGUUGUUGUCAAAAGUAUCAUAUACAGUAGCUGAUCUGAUGGGAAUACCUAUAUCAAUUUGGACACAUUUUGGAAUAGCAUCAGUGAUUGGUAUCCUAGAAAAUUUCAUUUUUCUCUCAAAUGAUGUAUGUGUUGUUACUUUAAUCAUAUGUGAAUAAUUAAUUGGUAUGAAUGAAAUUUUUCAAAGUUUUGUACAACACUAUUCCCAAAUUUUCAAUAAAAUGUACAUCAUAAAUUGAACAGUCCAUUGGGAUAUUUAUUCAUUACAAAUCUGCGAAGAGUAUCAUCAGUCUUCGGCACACAUCUUAUUCAUCUACUAUUUUAUUAUAUUUAUAAUAAUAUACAUAUCUUCUACUAAUACUAUAAUAUAUAUAACUUAUAACUCUACAAUAAGCGAAGUGUACUGUAAAAUCAUGUAGACACUACUAUUAAAAUAUUGUUAGUAAAUGAUUAGUGUUUAUAUAUCAGACAAAUAUUAAUAUAUUGAGAAUGUAGAAAUUGAAAACUAAAAAAUUAUUCAAUAUUUUUUUUUUUUUUAAUUCGCCAUUACAGUAGAAAUUAGUUUAACCGUCACUCUCUGUUAUCCGUCAUCAGUCACCGUCAAAAAAAAAGUUAAUGAUGAACUGCGAUAAACUCGUCCCGGUUACUAACGUUUGUAAUAUCAAUGCAAUAAACGCGGCGAUAACAAACAAAUUGAAUUUAUCCAGUGACUGACGAGUAGCCUGUGUGUGCGGAUUAGUGUUUAUUAGGAUUUUUAGUUUCUGUCGUGUUUCGAAUAUGACAGAAAAGCGGAAACGUGUUGUUUUAGGAUUCAAUCAAAAACUUGAAAUUAUCAAACGUUUGAAAAAUGGUGAAAAUGCUACCAAUAUUGCUCAGAUUUAUGGUGUUGGUAGAACAACAGUGAAUGACAUAAAACGUCAUGCUGAAAAAAUUAAGCAGCAUGUGUUGCUAUUGCAAAGCAACGAUGGAGAUGUAAAAAGUCGUAAAACCAUGAAACCGGCAAAAUAUGAGCAACUUGACAACGUUUUGUAUCAGUGGUUUAUUCAAGCACGAAGUCAAGGAAUUCCACUUUCAGGUCCUAUUAUAAUGGCUAAGGCAAGCAUAAUUAAUAAAAAACUAGAUGGCGAUCCAAACUUUAAAGCAAGUAUGGGAUGGCUUGAUAAGUUUAAAUUUCGUCACAGCAUUCGACAACUAGAUAUUAAUGGAGAGAAAAUUGGUGAAAAUAGCGCAGUUGUUGCUGAAUUCAAGGAAAAAUUCAAAUCUAAAAUACAAUCUCAUCUUAAUCUCGUCAGAGAACAAGUUUAUAACUGUGAUGAAACUGGACUCAAUUGGAAAACUUUACCACAAAAAACACUGGCAUCAUUUUCGGAUAAAACAGCAACUAAUUUUAAAGAUCAAAAAGAUCGGAUCACUGUAAUGGUCUGUGCGAAUGCAACCGGCAAUCAUAAAUUACCUUUGCUGGUGAUAGGAAAAUCCGAAAAACCACGUGCAUUUAAAAAUUUAAAUUUGAAUACACUACCUGUGAACUAUUAUGCACAAAAAGGUGCUUGGAUGGAUCUAACAAUAUUUAUGGAUUGGUUUCAUAAAGUGUUUGUACCACAAGUAAAAGUUCAUCUCGCUGAAAAGCAGUUGCCACAGAAAGCGCUGCUGCUUAUGGAUAACGCCCCAACACAUCCCUCUGGAGAACUGAAAAGUGACGAUGGCAAUAUAACAUGUUUCUUUCUCCCAACAAAUAUUAUCUCUCUUCUCCAACCUAUGGACCAGGGAAUAAUUGAGAAUAUGAAGCGUCAGUACAGAAAAAGUUUAAUCGAAAGUGUGCUGUCAUCUGACAAUACUAUAGGUAUUAAAGAAUGUUGGAAAAAUUACAACAUAAAAGAUGCCAUUUUCAAUGUUGCCAGUGCAUGGGCUGAUCUGACUGUACCAAUUCUGAAGAAUGGGUGGAAUAAACUAUGGCCUGAAAUAAUACCUUACAAAUCCAAAGAAACUGAAACUGUUAGUGUAGAAGAAUUUGUAGAACUUUGUAAUGAACUGAGCAGUGAAAUAUUGUCAACAAAAGAAGUAACGGAUUGGUUAGAAAGUGAUAAACAGGAUGAAGGAUUUGAAAUUUUGAAUGAUGAUCAAAUUAUUUGUAAUGUUACUGCUGUUGACAAAGAAGUUGAUGAUGACGUCGAAGAUUUAGCGCUUAACUUAAAACCGCCAAUAAGCCACGCAGAGGCAGAAGCAAUGUUAUCAAAAUGCAUUGAUUGGUUUGAGGUACAAGAGGAGGCAAAUGCAACCCAGGUCUUACUUCUUCGUAAAAUACGUAACAUGGCCACUCAAAAAGCUCGUGCAUCAAAAAAACAGAUGACGGAUUAUUUUGUUUAGUAUUUUUGUUAUAACAUCAUAUAUUAUUAGUAUUUAUUAUUUAUUAUU